AUGACCAGAGCCGGCACCCGGCGGACCCUCGCGUUGGGCAUUGAAGGAAGUGCAAACAAAAUUGGAGUGGGAAUCGUGGAUGCGGCGGGAAACGUGCUUUCCAACGAGCGCGAGACGUACAUCACCCCCGCCGGGAAGGGUUUUCUGCCGCGGGAUACGGCACAACACCACACGACACACAUCCUGCGUCUGGUGCAGGCCGCGUUGACGGCUGCGCAGGUGCGUCCCUCCGACAUCAGCGUCAUCUGCUAUACGAAAGGACCAGGCAUGGGGGCGCCACUCGCAGUAGGCUGCACCGUCGCCAAAACUCUUUCCUUGUUGUGGUCUGUGCCACUGGUUGGUGUGAAUCACUGCAUCGGGCACAUUGAGAUGGGGCGUGUCGUAACGGGGUGCAAGAACCCAGUGGUGCUGUACGUGAGUGGGGGCAAUACACAGGUGAUUGCCUACGCAGAGCACCGCUACCGUAUCUUUGGGGAGACCAUUGACAUUGCGGUGGGUAACUGCCUGGAUCGCACGGCGCGGCUGCUUGGGCUCUCCAACGAUCCCGCGCCCGGAUACAACAUCGAACAGUGCGCCAAGCGCGGACGACUCUUCAUUGAACUUCCUUACAUUGUGAAGGGAAUGGACAUGUCUUUCACCGGUCUCCUGUCCUUCGUAGAGGCGCUUUUGCACCAUCCAAAGUUCAAGGACAAGGACAAGUGUCUAGCAACCGUGAGCCCCUCCGCGUUGUCGUCGACGUGCACGCAGCGACGCGCACUGCCAAACGGGGUUCACAGUGCCGUCGAUGAGCCUUUUGGCAUUGAUGAUAUCUGCUACUCCCUCCAGGAAACAAUGUUUGCCGUGUUGGCAGAGGUCACAGAGCGAGCCAUGGCGCAGUGCGCCUCCAACGAGGUACUCAUUGUCGGCGGUGUCGGAUGCAACCUGCGACUGCAGGAAAUGAUGCGGGAGAUGGCAAAGUCUCGCGGAGGGCAAUGCCACGACAUGGAUGCUCGCUACUGCAUUGACAACGGCUGUAUGAUUGCCUACGCUGGCCUUCUUGAGUAUAUGGCUGGGGGCUUCACACCACUGCCAAAUGCCACCAUCACACAACGGUUCCGCACCGAUGAAGUGCAUGUCUCGUGGCGCUGA